AUGUUUUCAGGAGAACCAUGUCCAGUUGUUCCAUGUGGUCCUUUGACGUACUGUAGGAAUGUCAAUGGUUCUCAUUCAUGUCAGUGUGAUUUGGGAUUCACACAUGAUGGACAGUCUUGUACAGGUACAGUUAUGUAAUUAAUACUACGUAUUUUCAUAUGAAGGCUGUAAUUAGAAUAUUUAUUGCGAAGUACUCUUCAAAUGGAUAUAUCGGUACGCGCUGGGCCUGCGUGGCAGGCGAAGGAAAUACCGCCUGCCGCAAAACUGGGUAUAAAUGAAUUACCGCCCCUGACAGCAUCAAAACUUUUAUAAAUGUCAUUCAUUACUGCAAGUAAUAUUCAAAAUUAGCCACUCCCUUCCUAUUGGACUUUAUGUAGCGGCCCCUCCUUAACUUGCAAUUCAACAUUUAUAUCUAUUUAAAGACGUGACAUUCGUGCUACUAAGGACCGCGCCUUAAUUAACGUUGUUUUUGUAAUCAGUCGAAGUUUACGAAGUUGUUAGAAAAAGCCUAAACGUAUACGAGUCCUACACAAACGUAAGUUUACUUUAUUAUUCAUAUUUAAUUGUAUUUAGUCAGUUUAUUUUGUUUAUAAUUCCGUGCAGUGUGUAAUCGUAGUUUUACUAUAGUUUUGUAUUGUACUGUAUUGUUUAUAAUAUUGUAUUGUAUUUUAGUUUGACGGUAUUUAAUCAAUGAAGGAAUAAACGUAUUCAGCAAUAUUACUAUUCCGCCGUAGAAGAUGUAGGACGGCUAUACACACACAGUUUCACGGUACACACGCUGUUAUAGUCAAAGUUUAUGAGUUUUAUAUUAUCCAAAUAUAUUAUUGUCGUAUCCAUUACAGUUGUUUAUGUGUUCAAUACAUAUUAAUUAUGUCGCGGACAAAAGCAAAACUAGACAUUUUCUCUGAGAAUUUGAUUGCAUUCGAGCGUUGCCACUUAAAAUUUUUCAGUUUUUUACAAAUUGAAAUUAAAAAAUUAAAGACAAUUAAAGUAAAAUAAAAUGUUAAUGUAAAAGUAAAUGUAAAUACCACUCACAAACUCAAAUAAAGUUAAAUUUUUUUUCAUUUUCAUUCCAGCAAUUUAAAAUAAAAUUCAUUCCAAAUACAACUUCAACUGAAAACUAAAGUUAUAUUCAAAGUGAAAUGCAAACAAAAAUAACAGCGGCCACAGCGCUCUGUGGCCGAGCUCAGUGAAAUGCAAACAAAAAUAACUCGGCCACAGCGCUCUGUGGCCGUGCGCUGCCACUACCAUGAUGCCAUGCGCGCGUGAAAAAUUUUAUAUCAUUAUAUGUAGUCCGAUCACCUACUGUAUCCAUCAACUCAUCGAGCACAUGGAAAGUGCAAACAUCACAAUCUGGUGGUACAUCUGCUGGUGAUUCUGGUAUUGCGGAUGAUCUCUUGGCUUCAACUGGCGAAAUUUAUAAAUCCCUUUGUUCUUUAAAGACAGGGAAAGCCCCGGGACCGGAUGGAAUCCCGAAUGUAAUUCUAAAAACGUUUGCCUUUGAGUUAGCGCCAGUAAUCGCUGAUAUUUAUAACUCAUCCUUACGUGAUUCCUAUUUGCCUCCUCUAUUAAAGAGAGCAACUGUUACACCUCUUCCCAAACAAUCUCCACCGGGCUCCAUUGAAAAUGGUAUCAGACCCAUCUCACUCACUUGCGAAAUUGCUAAAGUGAUGGAAGGUCGCACCUUAGCGAGAAUCCUGCCAUUCAUUAUAAGUCACUUGGAUAACAAACAAUUUGCUAUGGCUGGAAAAUCUACGCAACAGGCUAUAGUAUAUAUUCUCCAUCUAGCCCUCGAGGGCCUUGACAAGGGUGGUUGCACCCUCCGAUUUUUCUUUGCUGAUUUCCGCAAGGGAUUCGAUCUGAUUGACCACAAGAUUCUACUUGAAAAACUAUCUAAACUUGGCACUCAUAACGUUGUGUUAGGAUGGAUCGCUGCCUUUUUAUAUAAAAGGUCUCAGUUCGUUCGUAUUGGGUCGGAUGCAUCUACACUUCAAUAUAUCAAUGGUGGUAUUCCACAAGGUACUAAGCUUGGCCCGAUCCUCUUUGCCGUAAUGGUGAAUGAACUUUUGUCUGCGUGGGGCCCCCGUGCUAAGUUCGUUGAUGAUCUUACCACUUUGGAAAUU